GUUGGUUAUCCGGAAGACAGAGGGGAUAAACCCAAACCAUAAACCAUACAGCAUUUUCCCCCAUGCUCGUAGAAGCUGAACAAUGACACUUGUGUAAAUGGUCGGCUGAGUAUACUGGCUUCAGCCUGCCUUCUCACUGAAAACUGAUUUAUUGCAGGAGAGCCUCAAUGAGGAAACAGCGCAAGAAAUAGUCAUAGUCCCGGGUGGCAGGAGCAACAGCACUUCUUUACGUUCACCACAACCUAGCAGAGGUGAGAAGAAACCACAAUACUCGCCUAAAGCGUGGACACAAUCUAUGAGAGGGUGAAUCAUGAGGGUAACAGGUCCCCUGAGAGCUGUGGCUGUGCUGCUGUUGGUGGGGCUCACCUGGCUGCUGGCCAACACCUUUUUUGGAGGGGAGGGUGGUCCAUCUGUGCGGCAUUUCUUCAGCGGUGCAAGUGAGGAACCAACACCUGUUGAACCCCGCCCUCGAAAGUAUAAAUGUGGACUUUCAGCACCCUGUCCCCCAAAACAUUUGGCGUUCCGCCUGGUGUCUGGUGCUGCCAACGUCAUCGGGCCCAAAAUCUGCCUGGAGGACAAGAUGUUACUGAGCAGCGUGAAGAACAACGUUGGCCGAGGACUAAACAUAGCUUUGGUCAAUGGGGUGACAGGAGAGCUCUUGGCCACUAAGACCUUUGAUAUGUGGGCAGGAGAUAUUUCUGACCUGUUGAAGUUUCUCCGGCCGCUCCAUGAAGGAACACUCGUGUUCGUGGCUUCCUAUGAUGAUGCUGCUACAAAGAUGAACGAUGAGUCUCGACGUCUGUUUGAGGAGCUUGGGAGCACGGCUGUGAAGGAGCUGGCCUUUAGAGACAGCUGGGUGUUUGUUGGAGCCAAGGGCAUCGAGAAUAAGAGUCCCUUUGAGCAGCGUAUGAAGAACAGUAAAAGCAGCAACAAGUAUGAAGGCUGGCCCGAGUCUCUGGAGAUGGAUGGCUGCAUUCCUCUGCGGCCACCCCUGGAGGGAUAAUUCUGCCUGAAUACACUCUUAGAUAAAGUAUAGCAACACCUGGAGUGUACACAGUGGAUCCAAAUGACCAGGGAACUGCCACAUGGCUGAAACCAUCUCUAUCUGGGCCACAAAUAACAUUUUAUUUUCACUCUGGUGGUAGAGGCAUGAGCUGACUGCAAAGACUGUCUUGGGACUUCAUAUAUUUAAAAUAGCUGGAAGCUGUUGUAGAGGAUUUGUGCAUUAAUCUUAGUGAGCCACCUUUUGAGGUGAUGUAAUAGAAACAUGGAACAUUUUUGUUUCGGGGAAAAGGGGCACUUGAGAGGCUAAAUGUUUGAUGACCAAAGUUUAACAGCGACAAGUGAAUGAAUAUAGCUGGAGAUGGUCUUCCAAAGCCGCUGAAGGAAACGGACGCAUUUCCUCUCUGCAACACUGCCUGUAAGGUGUCAAUAUUUGGUGCUUGAGCAACAGGAAUAUGAAGCGUUUAAAACUUACACAACAUUUGGAGACCCACCUAACUGGUUUCAAGAAUUUGGAAACCUAAUGUACGUCAGAAUAGGAAACACUUUUGAGGUGCACUAGUAGUUAAAAUGUUCUACCAAUCACCAUGUUUGUAUGCUGAUUUUAAAUUUAAAUACGUUAAAAUAUUUUCAUCCUGUGAUACAUAUAUAUUUCAGUGAUAUUAUGGCUAGGGUUAGCUGCUGUUGUUUCCUUCGAACUUGACGCACUGCAGUUAUUACCCACCAACUGUUUACAGAUUUCUUUAGACAAGUUUGGCCUCAGUCAUUUUCCUUUUGAUAAACCUAUUUAUUUUAAUAUUUAUAUUAGAAAACACAACGGAUUCAUACUGUAGAUUCAUAAUAACACCGCCCAUGAAUCUGAUGUUGUUCUCAGGCCUGCAAGCAUCUUUCUACUACUACUAGUACUUCUACAAGUACUUUGUAUAAGGAUUCAACCUAAAUGUGUGGUUGUGUGUGGUGGUGUUUUGUUGAGCAUAUCCAUCAGGCAUCUUGCAAGCCUAACAUGUAGGAAAUGCAUAGAAAUAAAAAAAUAUAUUUUGUAUGGUUAGAAGUCCAUUCUAGCUGACUUUGUCUGAAUUAUGUUAUGUUAUCCUAACUGUAAAGAUAUUUCUACAAAGCAUUUUAGUAUGUCUUUAUGUUAUGAAAACUAUGCUAAUGAAUAAAAAAAAAUGUCUGACUAAUUCUUGAAGACAUUCACCAGAGGGCGACAAAAGACCAAGUCUCACCGGGGUUAUUCGGUUCAUUCUGCUCAAGGCAUUUGCUUCAGUAAGCAUACGGUGGGGAUAAACACUGCGCACCGAAUGUGGAAGUCGUGUAUAUUAUUUGCGGAAAUCGUGUAGCUCGUGGAGUCGGCAGCCUGUAACGUAAUAAUGACAAAAACGAUCAAUUUUAUUGUUCUAUUGAAAGGUGGAAUGUGGCCUUCAAGUGUUUUUAAUAAAAUUGAGAUUUCGA